CAAGCGAAGAAAGAAAAGGAAAAUAGAACAGCUGGAGCGUUUGUAGACGACGUGAUUUGAUAAGAUGGAGGUGAACUUGAGUUGAUCGGAGAUUGCCCUUCCGCGAUGGUGCACUGCUCAUCGUCGAGCCUCAGGCUGACCCUGUCGACAGGCAUGUCCUUCAUGCACUCGUUCGUGCUGCUGCUGGCCCAGGUGCCCGCCACCAACGUGCCCCGGUGCCCGCCGGCCUUUCUGGUGCCCUGGUGGGAGAAGGGCGCUCUGCGGCAGAAUGGCAGCGCUUCGCGGCAGUGGAACAACGUGCAGGUGGCACACACACAUGACAUAACCAUACACACAAACAUACAUACAAAGAGGAAACGGUGUUGUUGUUUGGUGUGUAUUGACUGUGUGUGUGUGGCUGUGCAGGUGGUGGUGGAUGUUGACGACACCAUCAAGUCCAGCGGCGGAUGGCGGAUUCUCAACAUUCCCAUCGGCGGCAUCGACACACAGUGAGAGAGGAGAGGACCCACAAGGAGAUCUCGAGGGCAGAGGGAAGGAAAUGAUGCCUGCCUGUCUGUCUGCCUGUAGGUAUGACCGUGGCGUCUUCUACCCCGGUGCAUCCCAGUUUGUGUUUGAGCUGGCGACCCACCAGCCGCGGCCGUCCAGCCCGCCUCGAAAAAUCGGCAACAGUGUCAAGCCCCUGCCCCUCGCUGUCCUCACCGCCCGCAUUCCCCAGGUGCCCAUCAAGCGCACCUCCACUGUCUUCCGGCGGUUCAGGGAGAUUGCCAAUGAAAACAACUAUGCCGAGUGGGGAAUCGACCUCAGAAAUGGGUGCGUGACGGAGUGGUGGGACAGACUGAUGGGCGAUGGAUGGAUGGAUGGAUUGUGUGUCAGUGUGUUGUAUUCGACGCUGAAGCAGUGGGUGUUUCAGUGGACCAAGGGGGACCGUAAGUUUGAGAACUUCGAGCUCCUCAAACAGAGACGGAGGCGGCAGUUUGGACACGACAAAGUCAAGUGAGUCAGGAUUGACCCAUUGCAGCAUGGAGCAGACACACGGAUAUUCAGACAGACAACCCCUUUUCUCUCUCUGUGCGCUGUGGUUUGGUGUGGUGUGGUGUAGGUAUGUGUGGGUGGGCGACACGGGCGAGAUGGACAGAGAGGCCGGCGAGAUGAUGGCCAGGAAGCACCCCGAGAGCAUCCUGUAAGCAUUUCAAUGACAGCAAACAUCCAUCCAUCCAUCCACCCACCACCCAUCCAUCCAUCCAAUCAAUGAAUGAGUGUGUGUUCGCCUGUCGCCGCGCUGUUCAGUGCCGUUUUUCUGCAUUAUGUGUCCGAGCGACACCAUCUGCCCGCCGAGCUGCCCGAAGACUACUCAGUCAACGGCACUCCCAUCUACUUCUUCAGGUGCCCUCCCACCACACACACACACAUAUCCCAUCCACCCCUCCCCAUGUGUGUGUAUGUGUGUGUGUAGGACUUACAUCGGUGCGGCCAGCAAGGCGGCUGCCAGCAGCCUGAUCAGCGGCGACUCCUUGGUGCGUGUGGUCAACCGUGCGGUCAAGGACCUCGACCGCAUGAACGUCAGGGCCACCUCUUCCAAGUGGAGGGACCUCAGAAUGGACUUCGAGGUAAGCACACACCAUUCCCUUCCUCCCACCCUGUCUGUGUGUGUGUGUGUGUGUGUGUGUCAGGAGGCCGAGCGGUUGCUGGGCCCGUGGCGGAAGUUCAGAGACCCCGCAUGGCUGGAAGCCAAGAAGGCGCUUGAAGACAAGUUCAACCCCACAGUGCUCGCAGACAAGCAGCGGAAAGGCAGCAGCAGUGGGUCAAGGACUUAUCGACCUGUGUCAGCACAGCAACCGCCCCCACCCCCUCCCCCUCAGCAGCCGCCACGGCCACAGCAGCAAGGCGCUGCCUUCGCCUUCGUGUUCGAGUGAUGAUUCGUAUCUUGAUGGUUGAUGUGCGGCCGAAUGUGUCUGAGUGAUGUGCUGUUGUGUUGGGAGGCUUUUUGGUCAGCCAGUCAAGUCUGGUGUGUGUUACUUAGUCAGUUAGCCCUUCCUUCUCGCUCGCAAAGAUGGCCUUUUUGUGUCUGGUGGGCGGUGGGCGGCGGGGCGGCUGGUGGCAAGAGGUAUUUGUUUGUUGUCCCGGCCGUGCGAGGAGGGAAAAGAAGAGAGCGGCUGUGUGAAUGAAUGGAGAGCCUGAGAGGCUCAGUUUUGCCUUCUUGGUUGCAGAUACCUGCCGGUGGGUACCUAGAUUGACUGAUUGGCGAGAAUGAGAUGGAUGGAUGGAUGCGUGUGGGUUCACGUGGGUUUUGGCAUAUCCACUGUUAGAAGAAUGCACGAUUGCCGUGGCUGAUCGAUCGAUCGGUUCAAAACAG